AUGCGACUGACAACAGCCGCGGCGCGAUUAGAUACAAAGUACGAGAGUGCCGGCAAUCGGAACCCCUGCAUCGAAGCUGUGCCCAACAUCGCAGUUGUACGCUCGCCACGUGGUUUCUGCCACACAGCACCGACUGGAGCGGUUGCGGCAUCCAGAAUCAAAUGGCUGCUGCAGGUCAUCACCGAUGGCACGGCUCAGAGGCCCAAUCGACGUGCGCUCGGUGUCGAGGUCCGAAUAUGCGUCAGGGUCUCCUCACACGGAGGGCAUCAGACCGAAAGUGGAGUGUCCACCGCUGUCCCAUCAGUCGAGUGCAGCAGGAUCGAGGGUCAGCACACGAGCUUCCUCCAGCCACUGGGAGAUGAUGUUGCAAAGCUGAAGAGGGCAAUGACAUCAACUCUGCGUACGAGCCCUGGAGGACAGUUGGGCCCGGGUGUCGAAUCCAGCCCACGUCCCGCCCCAGCAGCCGCAGAGCUCCGCGACAUGAACGAGCGCCCGGGCACCGUUCCUGGUCCUGCGCCCGCAACACAUCCCCGCCGUCCGCCAGCACACAAGUCUGUCUCACUGCGACACAGCCCGUCCGCCAAACCCCGGCGUGCUGCCUCCAACGUCGCUGUUGGCCGCCAGUCGACCACGCUGAGCACCUCGCCCAAUGCCCCCGCCAGCGACAAGGCCAACCCGCCCUCGAGCAUUUCGCCGCGCCUGCAGCUGAACAACCACAGCUCGGGAGAGAGCAGCGACGCCGCAGGUUGGUUUGAGAGGACCAACAACGAUGCGAGCCACGACGCUUCCUUUUUCGACAACGACCCGCCCUUCCUGCUCCACAACUCGUCCUCCUCUGAGCGCACGCCACCAGACGGCCAGGGCUUGGGCAUGCCUUCGCUGCCGUACCGUUCCAACCUGAUGAACCUCGGCACCGAUGGCAGCAGCACCGAGGACUUCCGCGGUGUUAUCGACGAUCUCACUAUUGCAAACAAGAAGCUAAAGCAAAGGCUGAGGAAAUACGAGAAGGUGUACGACGCCCACCUGCAAGAGGAGAAGCUGUUCGAGGUACGCUUCCACGGCCUGCCAGACCACAAGAAGAAGGAACUCGAGGAGACACUACGCAAGUUUGCUGCCAGCCUCGACGACUGCAGCGAACGUCCAGACAUCUCGUAUGCUCCCGCGCUGAACAAGGAGGUCACUGCCUCCUCGACAUCUCGUUUCGCCGAAUCUGGUUACGUCUCCAUGUCUGCCUCUGGUCAGAACUCAUCGACCCCGUCCUACGGCGCCUCAAACCAGAACACCGACAAUCGAAGGAUGACCAAGUCGGCGUACAACCGUCAACAGCAGAGCAUCCACUCUUACCUCCACGACAUCCCUCAAGGCCUGCUGCCUCGGGAGAAUGCGCCAAUGUCGGACAAGGCGAGAAAGAAGAUGGUGGUGCGACGCUUGGAGCAGAUCUUCGCCGGCAAACGCUCAGCGGCUGGAAGUCACCCCCAACCCAUGCAGCAAGAGGAGGUUGCCCAGUCUGCAGCUACUGCCGACCGACAUGAGAGGGAAGCAACUGGUCGAGGUCUCCGACCGGAGGGGCAGCGUACAGCUCUCAUCAUGCCCGAAGUAGCUGAUACUGAAGGAGAAGAAGGCGGGUCUACCUUGCACAUACCCGCACAGCAGCGCGUGAACGAGCAAGACUUUGCAGCUUCCGGUUCCGGCUCUCCUGAUCAACGACCUACACGACCACUGGAUUUGGACCCCUUCCGUGCUCAGGUCCCUGUUGCGAACAUGGAAUACUUCCGACAUCUUGGUUUCUCGCCACCAGACAUGACCACCAGUACAGAAUCGCAAGAAGGACAUGGCUGGAUUUACCUCAACCUCCUCAUCAACAUGGCUCAGCUGCAUACCCUCAAUGUCACGCCUGACAACGUGAAGGAUGCCCUCGCUGAGUACAGCACCAAGCUGGAAUUGUCAAGCGAUGGGCGCAAGAUUCGAUGGAAGGGAGGACAUGACUUCAGUAAGAACAGCAGUGAUGGUUCGCCCGAACAACUUGGUCUCAACUCGCCGUAUCAGGCAGUGGCUGCGCAAAAGUCGCCCCAGAAGAGCUCCAAGACUGGUAACAGCACGAGUAAUGAGAGCCGGUAUGGAGGUUCAGAGCAUCGCAGCCGUAAGGUCGCUCCUAUCAGACAAGAGACGGAGACGAACAAAUUCGCGUACAAGCCAUUGUUCUACCGCAGAGAGAGCUCAGAAGAAGAUUUGGCUUUCUACGAUCCAACCGAGUCUACGAGCUCCCUUUUCCAGCCUCAGCAGCGCGGCGACUCCUCGGGAUUGGGUAGUUCUGCCAUGCAGAGCAACAUGUCAGGCAAGAGGCGUGAUGACGGACCAAUGAUCUUUUACAACAAAGCCAACUUCUGCACCGACCUUACGGGUGACCGAGCGGGAGCUUCCCUGACUCUGCCGGAGAACUAUGAGACCAUCACAAACCAUCCUCUUGGUGCACAGCUCAACACAGAAACCAGCCACGGAUCCGAGUUCUGGGAGCCCAGGGGUCCACUGAAAGACACGGCCAUGGACGUAGACUCGAAGAACGGUACUCGAACGCCAUCUAUUCUCGAAACUCUUGGGUUCUCUCCUGCAGGUCUACAGAACCAUACUGGUACCGAAAGCCCAGACGUCAUGGACUUCGAGGCUUCGGGUUUGGGAGGUGUACAGCCGGAUGACAACUUUUCCAUCCGCGUACAACGUUCGCAGAUCACAGCAGCACUCACGGAGAUCCAAGCCACCCGCAGGUCAAGCUUGUACCCUUCGAAGAUCCAAGCAAUCUUGGGUGAGGAAGCGACGUCUCUAGAUGCAAGGCGGCGUUCGACAACCCCCAAGAACACGAUCAAGGAGGAGGUGGUUUCUGCGGUUCGUCAAGAUAUGCCGAGCUCCGUCCUGCCACCUCCAUCCUUCUUCCCGUUCGACUCCGACUCUUCUGGUGAGGUUUCGGAUGACGAAGAAUCAUCAGAUGGCGGCUCUGAUACCGGAGAUGGUCCAUCCACUGCUUUGCAGCUGCUCAACAUUGCUCCUCCUGGUGCCAGAGUCGGCAGCGACCAGACCAAAGUCUCCUCAGAGGAGUCUGAAUACUCCGAGGACGACGACGACGAUGAUGAUGAUGAUGAUGAUGAUGAUGAUGAUGAUGACAGCAUCGAUCUUCUGGCCACUGCUCGUCAACAAGAUCCGGACACAGUGCGCGCAUUCGAGCGCGAGUACGACGCUGCGGUUGCUGCAGACCGUGUAGCAGAGGAGGUUGUUGCUGGUAGCUCAGCAGCUACUGCAGGCGGUGGUAGUGGCUUUAACAGUCCUGCAAGCAAAGCCGGCGGCCUUGCCAGACAGGGAAGCAGUCGCAAGAGCACUCGUAACGCUCAAAGCACAAACAGCGAGGCAAGUCUCUCGCCGCGGGGCAAGAACUUGAAGCGCGCAAGGACCAGCGAGUCCAUUACUACAGUAAGAAAGGAUAGUCCCAAGGCACCAAAGAGUCAAAGGACUGAGUAG